UGGAAGUCUAGCCAGACGAGCAGCUUUGGAGACACAUCCAAAUCAAACACACACCGCUGCUUUCUAUUAAAAAUACUCACGUGACUGGAGUCUCGUGACCUUUGACGCACAGAGCAUCGUGCAGUACGACGUUUCAGAUGCCAUGGAGUCAAGUGAUGAUGGUGGACUCAGUGUGGGGGGUUCAGUAGGGGAGGAAAACUACUUCCAAGGAUACACCUUCACAGAUCGUUCCCAUUCCAGCCGGGUUGUGAAAAGCAUUAUGGAGCUGUGUCUGGAAAACGGCCUGUUUGCCGAUGUCACCAUCAUGGUGGAUGGGAAAGAAUUCCAGUUACACCGCUUGGUGCUUUCUGCGCAGAGCAGUUUCUUCAGGUCAAUGUUCACCUCCAACCUCCGAGAGGCUCACGAUCGCAAUAUUGAACUGAAAGAUGUGAGUGCCCCUGUCUUUCAGUUACUGGUGGACUACAUCUACCAUGGCACCAUCAAGCUAAGGGUGGAGGACCUGCAGGACACCUAUGAAAUGGCUGACAUGUAUCAGUUAACAGCCCUGUUUGAGGAGUGUUCCCGCUUCCUCUCACGAACUGUGGAGGUCAAGAACUGCCUGCAGGUGAUGUGGCUGGCAGACAGACACAGUGACCAAGAACUAUACACUGCUGCUAAGCACUGUGCCAAGAUUCACCUGGUUCAGCUGCACCAGACUGAGGAGUUUCUCAACCUUCCCCUCUGCCUCCUCAUGGACAUUAUCAAAGAUGGUGUACCAAGCUCUCAAAACCCAACUGCAGCGAUCGAGUCCUGGAUAAACCACAACAAGGUUGAGAGAGAGGAGUUCUCAAAUAUGCUUCAAGAUAGCCUAAAGGAGAUUGGUGAAAAUGUGCACAUAUACCUGAUCGGUAAGGAGGAUACACGUACACACUCGCUGGCCGUUUCCUUACACUGCGACGAAUAUGACGCCAUCAGCGUGAGUGGCCAGAACAGCCUGUGUCACCAGAUUACCGCUGCCUGCAAACACGGUGGUGAUCUUUACGUGGUGGGGGGGUCCAUCCCUCGUCGAAUGUGGAAAUGCAACAUGCACACAAUGGACUGGGAACGCUGUGCCCCUUUGCCCCGUGACCGUCUCCACCACACGCUGGUCUCCGUCUCCUCUGAAGACGCCAUCUACUCUCUGGGCGGGAAGACCUUGCAGGACACUCUGUCCAACGCCGUCAUUUACUACACCGUAAGGGACAAUAUGUGGACAGAGACCAGCCAGCUGGACACAGCCGUGUCUGGAGCGGCUGGGGUCAAUCUUGGGGGGACGAUUUAUUUGUUAGGUGGGGAGGAGAACGACAUGGACUUCUUCACAAAGCCCUCCCGACUCAUCCAGUGCUUCGACACUGCCACGCAGAGGUGUCAGACCAAACCCUACAUGCUGCCUUUUGCUGGGUGCAUGCACGCGACUGCUCACAAGGACCUGAUUUUUGUGGUUGGGGAGGGAGAUUCUUUGGUGUGUUACAAUCCCCUGUUGGACAGUUUCACCCGCUUACGUUUUCCUGAGGUGUGGAGCUGCGUUCCCUCUCUGUGGAAGGUGGCCAGCUGUAAUGGCUGUAUUUAUGUGUUUAGGGACAAAUGUAAGAAAGGCGACGCUAACACGCUUAAGCUAAAUCCUGCUACGUCGGUGGUCUCAGUUAUUAAAGGCAUUAAGAUCCUCCUUACAAACUGGCAGUUUGUUUUGGCGUGAUAUCUCACUGAAUUGAUACUGGGGACUAAAGAUGUGAUUUUCGGUGCGUAGGGCCACAUGAGAUUUCAUUUGCCAGCUAAGUGCAGAGGUGGUGUUGAGGUGAUAAAUGAAUGAGGGAUGGAGAGAGAAGAUGAGCAGGUCUCUCAGUGAUGAGCCACACUGUGGUUAAAUGAA